CACACCCUUCGCCGUCGUCAAGCGCCGGUUCCGUGCGGAUUGGUCCUGCGCGCUAGGGGAUGCUGCGAGAUAAUCGCGUCCCCUCACCCCUCGCGUAACCAACCCCCGCGAGUCUCACCCCGCGUCGAGGGACGCAGCAGUGAGAGCCAGGCCGCCGCCAUAGCCGCUCCCCGGGCAACGAAGGAGGAGAAACCGGCGAACCGUUCUCUCUCUCUCUCUCUGUCUGUCUGUCUGUCUCCCUCUGUCUAUCUUCCUCUCUACCCUCCUCUCCCGUCUCUCUCCGUUUCUCGUUUUCCCUCUGUCUCUGUCCGACGACGCUCCGGUCCGGGUGUCCGCGCGUCGCGGUGGCGCGUUCCUCGGCUGCGACAGGUUACAACCCGCAGCAUUCCGGACUGGGGUUUCGCCAGCGUGACUCGUCCGUGUCGCGCGCGCGAACGAACAAACGAACGUGCGGGCGAGCAACCGGGUGGACACCCGGCGGCGAGGGUGACGUGGACCUGGACACACGAGCCGCGAGCGGCGCGUGCGGCCGACGAGAGCGCGCGCGGAGGGGCCGUCAGUGCUGCUGCUGCUGACAACGAGACGUCAUCGGCGACGAGGACGACGAUGAUGAUGAUAAUGAUCACGACGACCACGGCGGUCGGGGAGAGAGCGCGUAGAUGAGCGAGGGCAACGUGGUAAGAGCAACGCGGCACGUCGAGGGUUCCGUUCGAAGACAACGACGACGACGACGACGGAGACGGCGACGAGGUUUCGUCGGCGCGAGAGUGACCGAGAGUCCACCGUCGGAUGCCAUCGAAGGCACGAGGGUGAUCAGUGAGGGUGGAUUACGGUGGCGGUGACCUGUCCAAGUUCGAGUAUUCGGGGUCAUCCUAACGAUCGGUCGGCCGGCUACGCGGAUCAUCGAAACGUACUUGAUAGGCGAUUGCACCCGACAGGAUGCGACCGAGACGACGAUGACGGCAAGCCGGGGUGGUUUCUAGAGGUUCGCCGGGGUGGAUUCUAAAGUUUCGCCGGCGUCGUAGCCGCGCACGCGACACGCGCUCGCUCGCUCGGAGCGGAAACGCGGAGAGUGGGACCUCGCCGAGGUCUGACGACGACGAUCGUCGGUAAUCGCGGCUGCUACGAGUAAUCGAGAGCGCAGUGAGAUCCAUUCGGUGAAUCCGGGGAGAUUCGUGGGGGUGACGUGGGGCCACUCGUGUACCCGGGGGGGAUGCUGAGAAUCGUGUGCGCCAUGUCAGUGUGAGUGUUCGCGGUGGGUCGCGCGCGCGGAUGCUGUUCGCGGAUGAACACGAACGUGGUCGACGAUUUUCUUGUUCCCGCGACCGAGUCGCGACGCGGCGGUGCACGAAUCCAGGUCGAGGGAACUGCCUGAAAAGCUUGAGCGCGCGUGACGAAGGGAAUACAGCUUCGCGUCGAGCACGCGGCUCGUGCACGACAACGAACGCAGCUGCUCGACGCGACCUGGUGCUGCCGCUCGAACCCGACUGCGACAUCGACGUGAACACGAGGCGCGUUUUCGCCGAGCGUGACACCGGGGGAAUCGAAUGUCGCCGUUAAACACCGCGGAUUCUACGUCGAGGAUGUUUGUCCCAGGCUGCUGGAGUGCUCUUAAAGGAGCACCCUCGUGCUGCUGAUCGAAGAGCGAGCGAUCGAGGACUCGAGCAGCAGGAAGGUACCCGUCUGCGCAUCAAGGACCCCAAGAACGAGUCAUCAGCAGCUUCAUCAGCGGAUCGGACUAAGUCGGUACCACCGAAUAUCGUCGCGGCCGAACGCGGCGCGUUCGUAGGCGAGAGCGUCGCGGCAGCAGCACGUGAGAGAAUCGCGGGAGUGUCGUCGCUCCAGACACUUGUUGCACGCCGGCCGUCCCUUAAAGAGGGUCUGCGCCGUCAGCAGCGGAGGAGCAGAUCGCGCGCGGGCUCCGCGGGACGCGGACCGAUCCGUCCUCUCGAUCGAGUCCGGCGAUCGUGAUCGUGGGACGAGUGCGCAGGCGCGUUGCGUUGUCCACUCGCGAGCGCGCCAUCUGGCGGAUCACUCGCGAAUAGCGCUUAUUCGGCGCGGCAUGUCGCGGCUCGACGGUACCGGACGACGUCGCGACGUGGACGACGACAUCCGCGUGGCGUGCGACGCGUGCCUCCUCGUGUCGAUCACCGUUCGCAAAAAGUGCUGCGCGAGUGCAGGCACCGCCGUCGUCGCCGUCGUGUCGACGAGCGCCGUCGCCGCGUGAUCGUCGGCGAACGGUGCGACCGGAAGCCCGACGGAAGUGCGGCGUCGUCGACAUCGUGGCAUGCCGCCGAUCGUCCCCCACGCGCGAUCGUCCCCCUCGUUGGUCGGCCGUGCUCGCUCCACGGAGCUGCGAACGCGCGAAUAAUAAUAAUAGUACGCGGCAGCGCGCCGGCCCGGAAGCAGCGACCGGAAGCAACCGGGUGCCUUAGACGCGUGCCGGCCCGCGAGCCGGCUCGGUAGUACCGAAUCGCCGGAGAUCAAGAGAGAGACCGAUCAUGUGCUGCGCUCGGUGACACCGGCCGCGAUCGUGCGCGGCGCUAUCGUUGGCGGUAUACGUGGUUAGCGGCGAAAGUACAGAGUUACCACUGCGGGGCGGCUAUCACCACGUGGUGGACAUCCCGGGCGCGCACCCGGGCGGUUUCGGCUACGACAAGAGGAAGCGAAUACCGGAAGGCUGGAUCACCUCCGUGGAAUGUCUUCGGGCGCCAAGCGGCUAGUGCAGUCGCUUAGGGGCCGGAGCGGGGGCAGGGGCACCGGCGGCGGUCGUUCCGACGUCGGUGCCGGGGAGGAAGGCGUCGGUGGUGGCGGCGCGAGCACCAGCGCGACCAGGCUGUGCCAUUACGACAGCGGGCACGAGCUCGACGAGAUCUCGGUGAUCGGGACCGCCAUCGGCAGGGGUGGCGAGGGUCUCACGACACCCACCACACCCUGCCAUUGCAGGAACAUCAAGUACGGCAGCGGGCAGACGCUAUGCAGCAUCGCCGGAUUGGUCCCACCCACCCCCGCGAUACACACGCACAGGGCACAGUCCGGCAUGAUCACAUCGAGUGGCGUGAGGCAUCGUCUGAGCGGGGGUUCCGCUUCCGCCCUGAGCUACACGGGGGAGAAGUACCGCGAUGGCAGGAGCGGGAGAGCGGACGACGGGAGGGUCGGCAUACGGGAGAAGGAGGAUGACACCAAGAGCGUGGAGAACGUGUCCAGGGGAGUUUUAUCUUCUAGGCAGAGCAUCCUGGACCUCGUCAGCGGUAAAUUCAUGGGCCGACACACACCCACCUACCACUACUACCAGCAGCAGCAGCAGCAGGUGUACUCUGUGUCGCAGCGAUACUUCAGCUCGUCACGUGAUUCGCUCUCGGGGGCAUACGUAAACCGGGGGGCGAGCGAGCUCGACCUGAGCCGCAAGCCGCGGCGGAGGGACCACCUGAGGGGUAGAUUCAAGCUGCCGUACACGGUCAGGGGUGACCAGUCGCACCUGCACACCCCGGCGUCGGUCAAUCAUCUCAGCAACAGCAGCUGCAACGGCACCGAGACGAGGUACACGGCGCAGCAGCAGCAACAGCAACGCGGUAGCAGAGGCUUCCCCGGGCAACCCGGGACGAGGGGUUUUCGCACGGGGGCACCCAACUGGUCCUUCAUCUUCGAUCCUGCGGGCCGCCUCUGUUACUACUGGUCGAUGGUGGUUUCCAUUGCCUUUCUUUACAACUUCUGGGUAAUCAUCUAUAGGUUUGCCUUCCAGGAGAUAAACGUGAGGACCCGCUGGGUGUGGUUCUGCCUGGACUACUUCGCGGAUUUUUUAUACGUGCUCGACAUAGUGUUCCACGUGCGGACGGGGUACCUGGAGGACGGCGUGCUGCAAACCGACGCCACGAAGCUGAGGAACCACUACACGAACAGCACCACGUUUUACAUAGACAUCCUGUGCCUGCUGCCCCUCGACUUUUUAUACUUAUCUGUAGGAUAUAACAGUAUGCUGCGAAGUUUUAGACUCGUUAAAAUUUACCGGUUCUGGGCGUUCAUGGACAGGACCGAGCGACACACGAACUAUCCAAAUAUGUUUCGCUCUGCCUCCUUGAUACAUUAUUUACUGGUGAUCUUUCACUGGAAUGGGUGCCUCUAUCAUAUUGUUUAUAAGAAUAACGGCUUCGGCAGUAAGGACUGGGUGUUUGGCGACUCCGAGACGGCGGACGUUGUCAAGCUAUACCUCCAGAGUUUCUACUGGUGCACUCUCGCCCUGACGACCAUCGGCGAUUUGCCCAGACCGAGAAGCAAAGGCGAGUAUCUCUUUGUGAUUGCUCAGCUGUUCUUCGGGUUGCUGCUGUUCGCCACGGUGCUGGGUCACGUCGCGAACAUCGUCACUUCCGUGAGUGCGGCGCGGAAGGAGUUUCAGGCGAAGCUGGACGGCGUGAAGACAUACAUGAGGAUACGGAGGGUGCCGAAUCACUUGCAGGUGAAAGUUAUUAAGUGGUUCGACUAUCUGUGGCUGACGCAGAAGUGCUCCGACGAGGAGAAAGCAGUGAGUUGUCUUCCAGACAAGCUGAAGGCAGAGAUCGCGAUAAACGUGCACCUGGACACGCUGAGGAGGGUCGAGAUCUUCCAGAACACGGAGGCCGGCUUCCUGUGCGAGCUGGUGCUGCGAUUACGGCCCGUUCUUUUCUCACCCGGAGACUACAUCUGCCGCAAAGGUGAGGUGGGAAAGGAGAUGUAUAUAGUGAAUAGAGGCCGGCUGCAGGUGGUGGCUGACAACGGGAAGACGGUGCUCGCCACCCUUAAGGCGGGUUCCUACUUCGGGGAGAUCAGCAUUCUCAAUAUGGGGACCGCAGGUAACCGGCGAACAGCCAGCGUGCGCUCGGUCGGCUACUCGGACCUCUUCGUCCUCAGCAAGAAGGACAUGUGGGACGUGCUCAAGGAGUAUCCGGCUGCCAGGGUGCGCCUGGAGGCCAUCGCGGUCAAGAGGCUGGAGAAGUACAAGAGGGCUCCGCUGGAGAAAGUUGCCAUGGGCAGGUGCCAGAGCACCCCGGGUCUGGUAGAGUCGCGGGGUCGGAUAUCGCUGGAGGACAUGUGGGUGUCGCCGAUCGACCUCCGGUCGAUCCACACCGCCCAGUCGUUGUACUCGCCGAGCCCGAGCCCGGUGACGACGCGGGCCGCGAUGCCGGUCACACCGGGGGGUACCGUGCACGACGCGAACAGGGGCACGGAGAGCCCGCUGAGCGCGGCCAGCAGCGGGCCCAGCAGCGAGGAACCGACGGCCAGGGCGGCGCAGUCGGCUACCACGCAGCCCUCCACCGGAAGACAGUCCACCCACUCCGGGAUGACGUGCAACAGCAUGACGCAGCUAGUGAGCGAGGGUACGACACCCCUAUUCGGCACGCACGAGCCCCUGCUGUCGGAGAUUCAGCGUCUCCGCGAGCGGCUGAAGUUCCUGGAGACCGAGAACGCGGCGAUGAGCGUCAAGCUGAAUCAGCAGCAGUGGGAGGUCGAGCACCGGCUGGCUGAAAUCGAGAUGCAGAUCUGCGGGGCGAGCUCGACCUCGAGCGUCGAGGACAACAAUGAGAGGAACCGGGAGAGGUACGACGUCGACGGUGAUCAGGAGCCGGACAACGGGAGACGGUUCAGCGAGACAAAGUCGAUCGGCAGCCUGAGCCAGUAUCUCUUCGACAGCGACGAGGACGAGCGUUUCUUCGGCACCUGCAACGGCUACGUCUCGCAACCUGGCAGCAAAUCGAACCUGCUGCUGUGCAGCGAGUGCGAUCAGCAAACGCGCACCUGCACCUACCGGCCACAGACGCCCGGCUCGUACGCCGGCAGAUACGUGGAGGAGCGCGUGGACGAACGGCUGCAGGAACCGGGAACCUCCUCCCGCACCUACAGGAGCCCGGUGAAGCUCCCGUCUCCGCGCAGCCACCGUCCGGACCAGGACGGCGGCCGCGCGACGCAGCCGUCGGCACCUCGAUCGUACCACUUGGAGCAGCCGAUACCGGUUACGUCACCUCGAUCUACCUAUCGGACGCAGCAGGAACAGCAGCGCCGUGGCUGGACCAGCGCCAGAGACGCGGAAGAUCGAGAGCGCGCCGAGAGCCCGAUCUGCGAGCUCUGCCGGGGUAACGGCUACAUCGUCAUGCACUGCGAGCACUGCGACUUCUCCAGCGACGGCGACCUGAUCUGCUUCCGCUGCCAGAGCGACGAAGGCUCGUCGAACGGUCAGAUCUGCCCGCGCUGCGAGAGGGAGGCCGGGAUCGCUGCGAGAUCCGGCGCGAUGGUGUCCUCGUCCGACGAGGGCGUCAGACAUCCGGUGGACGCUGUGGUGAAGAUCCAGGUGAACGACCGCACGAUCGACAUCGAUUCGGACGAGACCCCCGAGAGCGACAACUCGAACGGUCGCGAUCAUCUCGCGUGCCCCACGGUGGAGAGACUCGACACCAUCGUCGAGGUGAAGGGCGACACUGCCAGCGAGAACGAUGAGGAGAACGGUGGCGGCGGCAGCAGCGGCAUGAAGCUCAACGGUACCACUAGCGCCAAAUAUCUCAAUUACAUGAUCGUGCUAUUCCUGUAAAUACGACGAACGAGACGGCGACGCGUUGGGGAGUAGAAGAUGCGGCCGAGCUGCGGGCCCCGCGACUUGCCGGGGGUUGGGGUGGAAAAAUGGGCGCGAGCGGAGGUCGUCGUGUAAGGAAAAAGAGGCGAUUUUUCUGAUCAACCGAAACUAAUUUCUCGGUGAGAUGGGGGUGGGGGGAGGUAACUAUGGUUGUAACGGUGCGAUUGUAAAGAAUUAAUAAUUUCGCUGAAGACUCUGGCGUUUCUCCUGCUCACUAGGUCAUGAAUUCUACCCCCAAUUCGAUUGAGCGCUGUGAGGCCCACGGGGGUUAAUGAUCGAGAGUUUUUUUGUUCGCGAAUCGAUGACGCGAAUGGUCGCCGGGGUGCCCGCGGCGCGAGCCGCACUGUAAAUAAACUGCCACAGAACAUAAUUGAUCCGUACAUUAUAGGAGCGUAUAGAUUAAUUAAUAAGUAGCUCGUAAUAGUUAAAAUGCAGAGUCAAAUGAGACAGAGGUACAAGUAAGAGAGAGAGAGAGAAGGAGAGAGUGUAUUACGUUCGACGCGCACAGUAUUGCUAUGAGCUGAGAUCCGUGACGCAACGGUCGACACGUUUCGAUGCGCGACUCUUGAAAUUUGUGCAAAGAUUGUAAUUACUGCGCACCAGAUCGAUCAUUAGAGCUCGUGUCGUUGCAUUAGUGGUACCAACAAUUGGAAUGAGAGCCACGUAUGUACGCAUCGGCGUUGCCAAAUAACGCCGAAUAAAUAACGAAAAUUAAUUUGAGUGAUUACAUGUACCUUAUACCGCAAAAUAUAAUCAUUUUCUGAUGUAUGAUGUCAUCAAUAAUUUAUUAAAAGGAUAAUUUCUGUGUCUCUCUGAUUGUGCCAUCAGCAACUUCCACAUUUGUUCUAACAUGUUGUUCAGAUCGAUGCGGUGUGGUGCGACUAAUAGAAAUCACUAAAAUCAUUUUGGUAAUUUGUAAUAUGAGCGCGGACAACGUCGACCGUUGAUUAUAAGGUAAUUACGAUUCUUGCGCAACUCUACUAACUCGGGACCAACUAAAGCCAUCACCUACAUCACUGCUUCCGACUUCCGCUUCCACCUGUGGUCAUCGUUUAUUCGUUUGCUGUCGUCCAGUCGACGACCGAAAGGACCGAAACAACCAAGAAGAGCAAGCUUCCGUUCCCGACGAAAACUCACGACGCCAUCGUCCACCCUCGUAAGGCAGUGUUCCGAGACAGUCGAACUCGAAGGAGGCUCCAUUUUCCCCGCAGAAAAGAAUGAAGAAGCAGGAAGGAAAGACGGAGACGCGUUCAGAGGGCGAUACGCGGGCGCGCGAGAAUCCAUCGAACCUCGCAAGAGAAAGAGAGAGAGAGGAAGGUAGAAAGAGAGGAAGAGCGUUUCAGUUCUCCUCACACGGGACAUCUGUAACACGCGCAGCAGCGGUUUUUUUAAUAUUUAUAAAUCGUCGAACGUAGCCUUUUAGACGUGUACAUUUUUUUAACAUUCAUCCCUCCAGACUUUAUAAGAAUCCCCCAGGCAUUAGAUCGGCUUUGCCAGAGCGUGAAUAACGACGAAGGGGGUAAGAUGAAGAAAUAAAGAGGAAGAAGUCCGAUCUUCUUCUUUUUUUCCUUUUUCUUGUUCCCCGCUUUGCGAAAAGAGGGAGAAUGAGAAGGGUGAGAUAAUCCGAGCGAUCAGAGUCAAGCGCGGCUAAUCGAGCCAAUUUGCAUUGCUGAAAGCGACGAUUAAAGCCGGCAUAAUUUUGAUUGUCCUCGCGUAUCAUCAGCAUCAAUUUCUGGAUUUAUCGAGACAAUGGCGAAUAAACAUGCGCAAAACAGCCUUCUAUGAGGCUCUUCUUGAAAGUUCAGGAUAAUCAAUGUUGUUACCCUCAAUCAACAAGAUUCGAGGGACAGGUAAGAAACUAAAUUUCCUUGUAAGCUUCCUCACGGUAAUUCCUAAAGCCACGUCGAAAUCAUGCCGGUAUCGAUCCUCGGAUUCCUUGGAGGGCAACAUCAACGUUUCAGGGGCGGGAGGGGCAACGUAAGUCUCACGAACUCACAGGCUUCCAUGUCAUCUAUCCGAUAUCCUCGCUGAAUAACGACUAUCACGUAAGGAAUUAUCCUCUAAGAAUCACCAAGUAUCCGGUAAAGUGGAAUCCCGCCGUGCCGCGAGGUCGCGGUAACUUCCGGGGGAGCAAAAAAAAGCAGGGUGGAAGGAUUAGAGGGAUAUAAGACAUCGUGCGCCCAGUGGUUCAGCUCGGAAAAUAUGUAGCGAUCAAGUGCUCUUACUCACCAAAAGCUCCGCGAACGGGAGAGCUCAAGGACGAAUCCGCCGCGGUCUCGACCGGAAGUUACGGUGGCUUCGGCGGCCCGCGUGCGGCGGGGGACACGUUAUUCUACUGCCAUGCACCCUACGUUGAUUUAGAACACCUCUGUAUAAAUCCCGUAGGAUUUCUAACGUUAGGGCGACCUCGCGUUACCGUUGAGAGACGCAUUUACCGCUCCCACGCGCGGAGCACGAAUGAGAUCCUAGAGGGAGCCCGAGUCUCCCUGCCUCCGUUUCCGGUCCUUUUAAUAAGACCCGGCUAUAUGUAUAUGUCGGAAGGCAGCGCGUCCGACGACCGGAAGUGCUAUGUACGUUACGGCGAAUAUCGGAAAUCGCUCCGGAGAACCUGAUAGUCGCGUUUCUCGGCGUUUUGUUAUUGGAGUUGUCUGUACCAUUACAGAUCGAAGCUUCCGGACAAUUUACGAUUGCGAGUCACUCUCUCAGUUCUGCGGUUCAAUUUGCUUUAAGGGAUGAUAAGACAUUUCGAUUUCUGCACAUGUUAUCUCUCGCGAUACCAUGUGUAUGUGUACGCGCGUGCGUGCGUAUGAGUGGAUGCAUGUGUACGUAUGGUGCAAAAUGUAUCUUGACGUUUGCGGUUUGCAACAACGGGGAAUCGAGCAACAAGUGGCAGCGGCGGAAGAGUAAGCGAGCGAGCGAGCGAGCGAGAGAGAGAAAGAGGAAGGGAAAGAAAGAGUGAGAGUGAGAGAGAGGGGCUUGUUACGAAGGGAUGACAGCGCGUUUAACCAGCCUUACCUGGACAAUUACUUGGACAUUUAUUAUCUACAAUUCUUAUUGCGUACCAAAUUUCUACACGCGUGUAACGCGCGGGUGAUUCUGCCCGCGCGCAUUGGCGUAGUGCCCUAGUCGCGAUCCCCGAGAAACGGUACGUGCUGCGGACAACGAUACAAUCCACGAGCAACGUUUGAUCGAUAACGUAAACGCGUGUCUGUAGACUGUAAUGCAUCCGAUCCGAAUGCGUUAUCAUUUCGACCCGGGAGUUACCUUGUUCCGUUGAGAAUCCCGAGUCGCCAAGUCGUAAUCGUCCUGAUGGAGUUCUAGUCGCCACCUCGAGAGCGCAUAACGGUUACGGUGUAAAUAGCGUUAUCAGUGCUGUAUAUUUUACGCUGUUUAACUGACUGUGAUAUCAUUGGUCGUAUAUGUUGGGAAUUUCAUUGUCGUUAGCGAUAAUCUCUAUGUUAAUCCUCCUACGUUAAUUAAUAUUAGACGCGCAAAGCUGCAAGAAACGUUCUCGUCGAUACGGUCGACCCUGAGCUCCACGAAAGUGUUGGACCACGUUUGGUCGAGAGGACAAAGGUUCAUCCGGUUCGCCACUUUAUCUUGAAAUCUCGAGAGCCAGCGAGAACGACAGCGCCGGUAACUUGCGCGUCAGAAAGAUAUCUAACGACGUUAAUUAUGAACUAUUAUCGAAGCUAAGUGAAUGGUAACUAUAAUCCAUUUACCAUUAUUACUAUACCAUUCUCCUAUUAGCGUUAUUAUUAUCAUUGUUAUUGUUAUUAUCACUAUUAAUGACUAUUGAUUACUACUUACAGACGCAAAUACUAAUAGCACGACGUAUCUGUUAAAUUAUUAACGUUAAUCAAUGAUUUAUUCGCAGUGGCGUAGUCCAAAGAACACGCGAGUUAGUCGUAUCUCGAUUAACAACAGUUGCACGUUGCUCCGAGUCGUUGCAGCGAACUGAGAAAGUGGCAGCUUGAUUUAUAGCGGCGGAAAGCAUGCACCGACGUUCAAGACGAUGAUCACGGUUCGGGUGCUCACGAACUCGCGCGUGAUCGAUAUCAGUUAAUCGACGAUCAAUUGGAUCAGUCCUAUCAUCCACUUAUGAUGUAACGACGCUCCUGCAUGAGACUGUUUGCGCACGAUAUUGAGUUUAUUGAGAUAUUUUAUCGGUGUUACAAGCGACAAGUAGAUAUUAUGUACAGAGAACGCCAUCGAGAGAGGUCCAACAUCCGCAACGCCCGGAGGGAGGUUUUAUCGCGAUGGGGGAGGGAGGGUAAUUUGCUGACGAUUGACCGUGCGACUCGCGCUUAUCGCACACGGGGUUGGCCGGCUCCUUUCUCGUAAUCCGAGUACGUACUAGCGUGUUCCUAAUUGCCUAAUUAUUUACACUGAUCACAGCCGUGCACCCCCACGUACCGACACCACCUGCGACACUUUCGUUCCGAAACGCACUUUAACGAGGCUCGACAACCUUCCCUUGUACAGGAGAGCGAACGGAGAAGCAAGAGAGAGUUAACGAGGAAAGCAAGAGAAAUCAUAUCGAGAUCAUGGGAAAAGUUUCACGUGACGUUUUCGAUAAUUGUGCAUACGGUCGCGAUGCAUGUGUUACACUCGUGAACUUUUUAUAAUGCCAAAUUUACAAGUUUUGCAUACAUUUAAAUAGUUACUGUGUAACCGUACGUUCGACAACUGAAUUUCCAUGUAAUUAUUAACUAUGUGAGCGGUAUCGAGCGUAGUGAGUUCUGAUCAUUUUGUGGAUCGAGCGCCAGCCGGAUUGCCGCCAGUUUCGGAUUAACGUUGUGCCAAGGGUUUCACGACGGUCUUCCUCCUUAGGUCGCGCGCGAUCUCGUAAUGUCGCUCUGCCAAUUACGCGUCAUUAACGUUAACUAUGCGUCAACAGAUAACGUAGAAAUAUCAAAGCAUUGACAUUGCGCGCGCGCGUGCGUGUGUGCCAAGAAUGUGACUAAACUAAUUGAACAAUGCAUAAAUGCAUAAAUGCAUUUCACGUGGUUUCCGUUUUGCGUAUACGUACGAAUGAUUUUAUACCGGAAAAUAAUAAUAAAUACACGGGGAAACGAGAACGGCCGCGAUGAUGUACCGCGCUGUUUCAUCGGGCAGCAAAGCCGAUUACACGCCCGCGUAAACUCCACAAAAUGAUGCAGAAACGUAAUAAUCGGUUUGCCUUUAAUAUGUAUUGGUAUCGUGCAUGCAAUGGAAUCCUUAAUGCUUAACACGACUUCGCUAUUCCAUAUCGAAUGACGGAAAUAUAUGUAUAGAGAUACACUAUCGAUACUCGAGCAUUUUUAUAUAAAAGCUCCUCCAUUCCUCGUACCUUAAAAACGUUUCUGUUUUCAGGGGUAAAAAAGCACGAGAGUAAUUCGGAACGCACGUUUAAGCCGCUAAAAGGGAUAUUAACGCGCCAUUGUUCCGUUUACUGUAGUUACAAAUUAGGUGACUCACGUUGGAAAAUUUAUUUCACGUACGAUCCUUUGUAUGACUCACGGAGUGAGUAUUCAUAGAUUUCUGUAAAUCCAGAGAACUAUACAAAUCGAAGAACUGUAAUUAUAGACAAAUUUAUUUCUUGCGAAACACACAUGAAAGCGUAAACAGGAAACAACGAAUUUUCGUUGACACGUCACAUUGCAAUAUAAAUUAUAUAGUAUACAUAUAUGUACAUUAAUUGUGAAGAAAUAUUAUUUAUUACACUUUAAUUUACGCUCUACAGUGUCAGCCAACACAAUUGACAGUCAAGAACAAUUACCUGUUCCGAUUUUUUCUGUAUUAAUAAUUUCAUCAAAGCUGUUCUCUCCAGCUAUCUUUAUCAUCAGCCUUCCGAACACAUUCCCGAGUCAUUAUGAACUCUCUCCCUGCAUUUUUACUGUUACAAAACAAUCAUAGAUACCUAGUAGUUUAACGGGAAAGUCCUCAGCAAGCCGAGCAACAAAAAGUUCAAAAGUCUAGAGAUUUAAUGAUGUAAAGGGGAACGUCCGGAAGAAAUUGGAUCUCUACGAUCCGCUUUUCGGACGUUCGCAUUGCCCGGGUAAGAGAUGAGACGCUCCUCGUUUCCACGCAGAUUUCAGCGUGCUCUUGUCCUGGAAUUUAACGGGGCCGACAUCCGCACGACAGCUAGCUAGCUAGCUAGCUAGCGUUGCCGCAUGUUCUCUACGCGAAUCGUUCUCAAGGGAGGAAUUCCCGGCGUCACGCGAUGCACACCCCUGCGUUUAUCGUUUCGCUACCUCGAUCACAUCACGUCACGGCGCUUAGCAUUACGUAAACGCGAUCUAUCUGACAUAAAUAUUAAAUGAAACAGUGGAAGGAGGCGAGUCUCUCGAUAAGGCUCUUAAUGAAUGGUUACUCAGGAAUAAUGUAAUAACAGUUGCGAUAUUGAAUAUUAACAUUUAAUGACCGACCUUUUGUAAAUAUGAAUAUAAUAUAAAUAUAUAUAGAUACAAUUAUAUAAAAAUACAUAUAUAGAUAUAUAUAUAUAUAAUAUGAUAUAUAUAUAUAUAAAUAAAUAAAUAUAUAUAUAUGAGAAAUUUGUACAGCGCGAUUCAGAAUAGACCAGCAUAUCUCAUUGUGCGAUCUUUUGCGAACGUGACACGUAAAGAAAUUAUAAUAAUUGCGCGCGCUGUUGUAGUCUCCAGUGCCGUUUCGUUUGAUAGUACCUCAAGAUAAUAGUUUCUCUUUGAUACACGCCGAUACACAUGUCGACGAGUCUGAAUCACCCUGUACAAUUUUACGAUCGCCCCAAUAAGAGACAAGCCUGAUAGAAGCGCGUACAUGGAAAACACAUGCGUGAGGAAAAGAAAGGAAAGAAUGCGUGCGUGCGCGUGUGUCUGUGUGUGUGUGCGAAUAAAGUGUGCGAACCCGAAAUUCUGUAUGUACGUGUAUGUGCGAGAUCAAAGCGCGAGAAUUCACUUCCAUUAACGGAGAACUGACCAAAAUGUCGACGACGGUGCCGCGCGACGUGUCGACAUGUAUCAUUUAUGUCGAGAGGUAGACUCAACACCAAAAAAAGAUGUAAAAAAACCAAAAAAAAGAAGAAGACAAAAGGAGAGGAGGAGACGGAAACGAGAGUGCGACGGAGAGACGGAACGACGAGUUCACCGUCCGAGAUCUAGAUGAUUGUCAUCCGGCAAGUGGCUCGCUCGCAAUCGCGACCAGCGCCGACUUGACACUUUGACGCCGCUUUUUCGAACGCCAGCUGACUUUCGUGAAGGAUGACGGGCGCAAGAUCGUAAAAAAUGAAACGAGCGAUCGACGGUCAAAGUGUUAAGAUCGCGGCACGGAAUCGGCGAAUCAUUUCAACGAGUUCGCGCAUCUCGCGGACAGCAUUGGCCGUUUCUAUUCCUGGCCACGGAAGCGGCACGGUCCAGCUUUCCAUAGUUGCUACGUCGAAAAUAGAGUUUACUGAAAUUUGAAGAUUUCAAAUCGUGUGUUUAAAAAGAAACAGUUGCCGGAGUCGCGCCGAUUCUCGACGGUGUAGAGGGUACGGUGUUGCGUAUCCCGGUCGCGUCGCGUACGUACGUACGAUGAUGACGUGCACGCGCAUUUUUGUCCAUUUCUACACGUAUAUCUGUUCUCUCCUACGACGAUAGAAUGUUAUUUUUAAAUUUUCGAGAUUUAGCUGUGCCGCAAGCCCGCGUGUCCGAAUGUCUGUACGAUCGGAUGUCAGUAGGAAUCCUGAAAUAUAAAUAGACGAUUGAAGAGGAA